AUCGGCCAAGCCACAUAUCUUUGCUCAACAGUCGUGAUAAAAGUCUCGAGCAACUUGAAAAAUCACCAAAUUGUUUCGAAAUUAUUUACGCAAAAUGUCGAGUGACAAUACAUACUUUACGUCGAUUGAUAAAGAACGCUACAAUUUUAAGUGGGUAAUAAGUGAUUAUGCGUUGAUGUUUACAAAAGUAACUGGAAUAGAAUCGCACAUUUUUACUGUCGGUAACGACAAAAAGUUUCAAUUGAAAUUGAGCAACAACACUUUUCGAGAUGCUCAAGGAUACUCUAAAACCACCAGAUGUUUGUCUCUACACGCCCUGGAAAUGGCGGGACAAUUAAUAAUGAAAUACAAGCUAUCAAUGAUCAAGGAUGAAAAAAUUUUGGAUACUAAAGUUGGUCAUUCGCCAUGUCUGAAAGGUAUGGAGAUACAAAUCUUAAACGUGCAAAUAGAAGAAAUGAAGAAGUUCGUUUCAUCCACGGAUACCAUAACUUUUCACUUCGAAUUAACAGUCUCCAAGGGGAAUAUAACGAACUCCCUGAAUUGUGAAAAUGCCAAAAUGAAUCAAGAUUUUAAACUUAAAUUCGACUGGAUAUUUCUUGAAGAAGAAUUGAGUGAUGUCAAACUACAAACUGCAUCUAAACAGGAAAUUCCAGCCCAUAAGGUCGUGCUCGCCGCCGCAAGUAAAGUAUUCAAAGGUUUGAUUGAAAACAAUUCGAUUCAAUUGAUUGAUAUGAAGGAUGUUAAUUACGAGGUCGCAGUUGAGAUGCUGUAUUACAUCUAUACUGGUAGGAUAGAAGAACACAAAAUUUCCUUAACUGGUAUGAUUGAUCUUCUAGUAGCAGCCGACAAGUAUAAAAUAGAGGAGUUGAAAGUUGAGUGCGAGAAAAUAUUGAGCGCCAAGAUAGCCUCUGAAAAUGCUGUGGAUAUUUUAAAGGUCGCCGACCAAUGUCGCAUGAAACGUUUGAAGAAAAACGCAGUUGAUUUUAUAAAGCGGCAUAUCAACGCAUCUUCAGACUCUGAGGAUGUAGGUAAUAUGAUUCUCAGUAUGGAAAAACUUUUUUCGAAAUAAUCAAAAAUUUGCAUGAAUAUACUUUCUUGUUUCACUAUUUUACAUUGAAAUGUUCUUUGUAACUAUUGUAUUGAAAAUAAACAUUAUUUAUC